AUGAGCGCGUUGUUCCCAGCGCCCGUGCGUUCGUACCCGACCUUCACGGACGCUGAAACGGCGUCCACACCUGCGCUAGAUCCCUCCGAACGCACACGUGCACCUACAAUCCCACGCUAUCCUCUGCGGGUCACCAGCCAGUUCGUCCCGCGGCGCCAGGCGGACUUUGGCGACGGUGGGGCGUACCCCGAACUCCAUGUGGCCCAAUUUCCGUUAGAAAUGGGUAAAAAGGGCAAGUCCGUAUCAACCCACAACGGAACCCUUGCCCUAAGUGUUGACGCCGACACGGGCCACGUUAAUUACGACGCCAUUGUCACCCACCAGCACGGCAGUACACACAAAGUGUACACCAAAUUCAGCGACAUUGUCGAGAAACAUGGCACCGAAGCUGAAGACUUCGCCCUGCCCUUGGCAGAAGAAGAGAUGGCUACAGCCGCCCGGACCCAGGAAGCCCUUCAAGCUCUGGUCCAGAACAAGGUCCGAAGUGCUCUUCCGACCAGUGUAGGGCACCAAAAACCCGCCAAGGAGACGGCCAAGUAUAUCCGGUACACACCCAAUGACCAAUCAAGUGCUGGAGCUGCUGGUGGAGGUUUGAAGCAGCGGAUUAUCCGGAUGGUGGACGUGGCCAAAGACCCCAUGGAACCGCCGAAAUUCCAGCACACCAAAGCCGUUCGUGGCCCGCCGUCGCCACCUGUCCCGGUGCUGCACUCCCCGCCACGUAAACUCACAGUCACGGAUCAGCAAUCGUGGAAGAUUCCGCCGUGUAUCUCGAACUGGAAGAACUCGAAAGGGUUUACAAUUGCACUGGACAAGCGCCUGGCAGCUGACGGACGCGGUCUGCAGCAAGUGACGGUGAACGAUAAUUUUGCUAGUUUGUCUGAAGCACUGGCGAUCGCUGAACGCAAGGCGAGAGAAGAGGUGAACAUGCGCGCGCAAGUGCAGAAGAAGCUCGCGAUGAAGCAGAAAGAGCACAAGGAGAGUGAGUUGCGGGAGCUCGCGUCGAAGGCACGGAUGGAGCGUGCAGGGCCUCGUGCCAGUGGCGGACAAGAAAAAGAUGAUCGCAGUCCGAGUCGACGUAGACGCUCGGCGAGCGUCGAUAGUGCACGUCGACACAAAUCCAGUGAUGAGGAAGAACCGGAUAGUGACGUGAGAGGACGGCGAGAACGGGAUCGCAUCCGUCAGGAGCGCAAGAAAGAGCGUGAGCGCGAAAUGCGCAUGGAGAAAUUGGGCAAGAAGGGCAAAUUGGCACGUGAUGAAGACCGUGAUAUUUCCGAGAAGAUUGCGCUUGGUCAACUUCAAGGUGGUGGCAAGGCCGGUGGCAGCGACGGCAUGUUUGACUCGCGGCUUUUCAAUCAAUCUCAGGGCAUCAGUUCUGGCUUUGGCCAAGAGGACGAGUACAGUGUGUACUCGAAGCCGAUGGUGGACCGUGGCAAAGCCAGUGUGUACCGUCCGAAGGACGUUGAUGGUUCGUUUGAUGCCGAUAAGGAGUACGACGAGUUGAAAGGCGGUCACGCAAAGCGUUUUAAGGCUGACAAACAGUUCCGAGGUACUGAAGUAGUGGCGCGAGGCGGAGCUCGUGAUGGUCCCGUACAGUUCUCGUACGACGACGCGAAGGUCGAGGAGGAUGAGGACACUAGCAAGACUCGUGCCUCUUUUGCCAGCCUAAACGAUGCGCGACGUUCACCACCGGGCUCUCCACAGAGGUCGAGGAAAAAGGCCCGCUCACCAUCGAAUUCGCCAGCACAAUCGCAGUCGCGUCGUCGUGCUUCGCGGCCUCGCUCGCGCAGUCGAAGCCGCUCUUCAUCUGGCUCAACAAGGGGUCGGCGGCACUCACCGUCUCGUUCACCACCUCCACGUUCAAGAGGUCGCCCGCACUCACCCUCUGGCUCACCACCACCGCGUUCAAGGGGUCGUCCGCGCUCGAUGUCUGGUUCGCCACCGCGCUCUCGUGGACGUGGUCGAUCCCCCUCGCCACUUCGUCGGAGAAGUCGCGACCGUUUUGCACCUCGUGGACGUAAGCGUUCACCUUCACGUUCUCCUUCGAUAUCGCGGGCGCGUGGUCGCCCUCGUGCUCGUUCGCGGUCUCCAUCGUAUUCGCGCGGCCGCAGUGGCCGUCGAUGGUCGACAUCGUACUCUCGAUCUCGCAGCAGAGGUGACGACCGCAAGCGUCGACGUCGAUCGCCUAGCAAGGACAGCGACGAUGAUCCAUACGGACUUGACCAGUUUCUGACGGAUGCUCGGACGGGCUCCGGUAACGAGCGUCGCUCGCGUGGUCGAGACCGUUAUCGUCGCUAG